CACGCGAGAACAUUCGUUGUUGUAUGUUGUUGUUGCGUUAUCGGACUUCUUUUCUGCGUUUGUAACAAAAAAGUCACACUGCAGUCAGUGGAUCGGAACGAGGUAACAUAAUGUUUGCUGCCAAAUUAAUACAGAUGCCGUUGAAGGCGAGCAUCUCAGUGCCUGUACAAGUAUUUAUGACUAGAGCAUCACCGAAACAGUUGCAAUUAAAAAGUACCUUUAGAGUAUUCAUACAAACACAGAGAUAUGCAUCACAGUCAAGAUUAGGAGCAAGGAGAGCUGCAGAGAGAACAAAGACGAAAUCUCUAAAAGAAAUGGCACAGGAACCAGCAUCUGGAUCAGCAAUCAUAGGUGGUAGGGGUCUGUUGGCCGGAGCAUCUGCUGUCGGUAUUGGAGCUCUUUGUUACUAUGGGCUUGGAAUGUCAAAUGAAGUUGGAGCACUGGAAAAGGCUGCAAUUUGGCCACAAUAUGUACGUGAUCGGCUUAGAUCGACUUACCUGUAUUUUGGUGCUGGAUUAGGAAUGACUGCUCUGUCUGCUGUAGCUAUCGCAAGAAGUCCUGCUAUAAUGGCCAGAAUGAUGUCAAACUCCUGGCUGGCUAUUGGGGCAACUUUUGCUGCAGUGAUUGGUUCCGGAAUUUUAUGUCGCUCAAUUCCAUAUACCGAGGGAUUUGGUGCUAAGCAUUUAGCCUGGAUGUUACAUAGUGGUAUUGUUGGUGCGGUUAUUGCUCCAUUAACAUUUCUUGGUGGACCUAUACUUGUGAAAGCUGCGUGGUACACGGCUGGUGUGGUCGGAGGUCUUUCAAUGGUAGCUGCAUGUGCUCCCAGUGAUAAAUUUCUUUACAUGGGAGGUCCUUUAGCCAUGGGUCUUGGUGUAGUUUUCAUCGCCUCCCUUGGUGGAAUGUUUUUCCCACCCACCACAGCGCUUGGUUCAGGCUUAUACGCUAUUAGUGUGUAUGGUGGUGUGGUGCUGUUUGGCGGGUUCCUCCUCUAUGACACACAGCACAUAGUAAGGAAAGCAGAGACUCAUCCAGUGGUGGCUGGGUACCCAUUUGAUCCAAUCAAUGCAGCAAUGGGUAUUUAUAUGGACACCAUCAACAUUUUCAUAAGAAUUGCUAUGAUUUUGUCUGGUAGUGGUAGAAAGAGAAAAUGAACAACUUUCAGAUGACGCAUUUGCACACACAUUCAGUCCACUGUAAAUGCAUUAAUUAUUCAUUUUUGCUGAUAAGUAAAAUCCGCUAAAAUAAAUUUACGUGAACAUGUAAUAUAACAAUGAAAACUCAUUAUUUCCUCUACAAAUUUGUGAAAUUAAAACACAGUGAAUAUGCUCAAAAUAGUGAAAUUAAAAGUC